UGGUAUUUGCCUUGAGUUUGACCUUGGAGGUCUUGCGUUCAAAAUCUCCACCCUUCAUCUUGAAAUAUUCUUUCUCUCUUUUUUGGGUCGAAUACCUUCAUCUCUCUCUAGACUUAUUGUAUGUCUACUCUAGGUCUAGGUGGAGGACUCUCCUCUCCUCUAGAAUCCUCUUCGGUCGUUGAAAAUUAAAGACAUUCUAAAUUGUUAAACCACAAAAACAACCCACUCAUCAUAACAACAGAAGAGAUCCAAAAAUUUGAGAAGACCCAUUGGACUGUAAAGAUUUUCAAGUAAUGGAGGAUGUUCUGGACCAGCAAAGUCAACCACUUGGUCAAGAUGGUGAAAGUGAAAUAGUAACUGAAGAUGCUACAUUUGUUCAUGGGGAACCUCCUCAAGAUGCUAAUGGCCUCCCAAAAGUUGAUUCUAAGGUGGAAGUCCUUCAUGAGAAAGUCACGAAGCAAAUCAUUAAGGAAGGUCAUGGUCCAAUACCAUCCAAAUAUUCAACAUGCUUCUUGCACUACAGGGCAUGGACUCAAAGCACAAGGCAUAAGUUUGAAGACACAUGGGAUGAACAACGACCGCUUGAAAUGAUUUUAGGAAAAGAGAAAAAAGAAAUGACUGGCUUGGCUAUUGGUGUCUCCAGCAUGAAAUCUGGAGAGCGUGCCCUUAUACAUGUAGGCUGGGAGUUAGGGUAUGGGAAAGAAGGAAGCUUUUCUUUUCCGAAUGUUCCACCCUUGGCGGAUAUAUCUUAUGAAGUUGAGCUUAUUGGGUUUGAUGAAACCAAAGAAGGGAAAGCUCGUGGUGACAUGACUGUGGAGGAGAGGAUUGGAGCAGCAGAUAGAAGAAAGAUGGAUGGAAAUGCUUUAUUUAAAGAAGAAAAACUAGAGGAGGCUAUGCAACAGUAUGAAAUGGCCAUUGCAUAUAUGGGUGACGACUUCAUGUUCCAGUUGUUUGGGAAGUACAGGGACAUGGCUUUGGCUGUUAAAAAUCCAUGCCACCUUAACAUUGCAGCGUCUCUUAUAAAGCUCAAGCGGUAUGAAGAAGCCAUUGGACAAUGCAGUAUUGUACUGGCGGAGGAUGAAAACAAUGUCAAAGCAUUAUUUAGGCGAGGAAAAGCCAGAGCAGAGCUUGGGCAGACAGAUGCUGCCCGGGAAGACUUUUUAAAGGCACGUAAAUUUGCACCUGAAGACAAAGCUAUUGCAAGGGAGUUGCGUCUGCUUGCUGAGCAUGACAAGGCUGUUUAUCAGAAACAAAAAGAGAUCUACAAGGGAAUUUUCGGACCAACCCUGGAACCUAAACCCAAGCAAAAUAAUUGGUUGAUCGUCAUUUGGCACUGGCUAUUGUCAUUGUUCUACCGUGUCUUCAGGCGUGAAAGGCAUAAAGCUGAUUAGUCAAAGCUCUUGAAGUCUUGAGUUGUACAAUAAAUGAAGAAAUUUAUGUAUGAAGUCUAUAAUGAACAAGACCAUGAAUUUCAUU